AUGUGCGUCCUCCUACUCGGCUCGAACCUCGGAUGCGAGGCUUCUUUCUUCGGGAAAAAAGUUGGGCCGUUUGGCCCCCACAGAGGCAUUCCUGGCGUGCAUUCGUCUGGCGUGCUCUUCCUGACACACCGACAUCCAGGAUACAGCUUUGGAGUGCAACAUGGCCCUUACGUUCCUGCGAUACCUGUAGGGCUCCCUCCAAGGCUCCUUGCAAGGCUGCCUUUACCACACGGUGGCAGCUUCGGAUUACGGAUCAAUCGCAGAGGAAAUAUGCCAGUUCCAAGGCCGCACGUUCCUUACCAGCCCUCGACGCAUCGUGGUGGUGGCGGCGGGCGAUAUCUCAAUAGGCUGUGCCCCUACCUUUCAGGUAUGUGCUAA